CGCGUCACUCGAAAUUUCCAGGCGGACAGGUCGCCGAUCACGCCCCGUCAACCUCACACCUCCUGCACAACCCUUCAACACAACACCGCCCGCGCCUUGACGCUCCCAUCAUGGCGACUCCAGCGGCCAACGGCGACGCGUCCGCCGCGCUCGACAACCUCAAGCCGCCCGCCGGUGUCGUUCUCCCGCCCCGCGAGAUCCGCAACAUUCUCGAGAAGACGGCCGGCUACGUGGCUCGCAACGGCGCCGUGUUCGAGGACCGUAUCCGCGACAAGGAGAGUCAGAAUCCCAAGUUCAGCUUCCUGAACAGCUCUGAUGCCUACUUCCCCUACUACCAGUGGCGCCUCAGCGAGAUUCGCGCCGGCCGCGGCACCGACAUCGCCGCCGGCCGAGCGGGCGAGGCGCCCAAGCCAGAGAAGCCCCAGGGACCGCCCCCGCCCCCCGAAUUCGAGUUCUCGGCCAAGAUGCCGCGUCUCAAUCAAAAAGACCUGGACAUUCUGAAGCACACGGCGCUAUUCACAGCCCAGCAUGGCCGCCAGUGGAUGACGCAGCUGGCCCAGCGCGAGACCGGCAACCCGCAGUUCCAGUUUCUGAUUCCCAACCAUACCUUCCACAACUUCUUCCAACACAUGGUCGAGCAGUACUCCAAGAUUCUCAAGUGCGUCGAGGAUGCGAGACAAAAGGCGAAACUCAUCGCUGAGCUACAGAAGAUAGCCAAGAACCCCCACAUUGUGCUAGAACGUGCCAAGCAGCGCGCAGAGUACGCCAAGUUUCAGCAGGCUGAGAAGCGGAAGAAGGAGGAGGAGGAGGUGCAAAAGGCCGAGGAGUUUGCCCGCGUCGACUGGGGCGACUUUGUGGUUGUCGAAACCAUCACGUUCACUGAGGCCGACGAGUCGGCCAACCUGCCGCCGCCGACGACCCUGUCCGACCUCCAAUACGCAUCCCUCGAGGACCGCAACAAGGCAUCCAUCAGCGCCAACCUCCGCAUCGAGGAGGCCAUGCCAGGAGAGGAGCUUGGCAUGCAGAACGGAUACCCUCAGCCUUCGUACCCGCUCCCCGCGCACCCGAGCCCGGCACCCGCGCAGGCGUAUCAGCAAGCUGGCCCGAUGCAGCCGGCAUACCACCCGGCGCAACCAGUGCGGUCUGCACAGGAGGAGGAGGAGGCGCGCCGUAUCCAGGAGAGAGCGGACGCGCAGGCGCGGAUGCAGCAGGCGCAGGUCGAGGCUCGCGGGGGCAACGCGCCCAUGAAGAUUCGCGAAAACUACGUGCCGCGUGCGGCGCAGCGCGCGGCGAACCGGCAGGGCACCCAGACGGCGCUCUGCCCCAACUGCAAGCAACAGAUCCCCAUCAAUGAACUCGACGAGCACAUGCGGAGUGAGACUUAGUCCCAAAACCCCAUCCCCCGAUGUACACGAUGAACUAACGAGAUGCCCACCCGCAGUCGAGCUCUUGGACCCUCACUGGAAGGAACAAAAGGCUCGAGCGGAAGCGCGAUAUGCGCAGGCGAAUGUGUCGCACGCCGACGUGGCCAACAACCUGAAGCGACUGGCGAGCCAGCGUAGCGAUGUGUUUGAUCCGGUGACGGGGCAGGCCAUCUCGGAGGACGAGCUGGCGCGGCGGAAGAAGGCAGCUAUGAACAGCUUCGACGGCAACCCCGAGGGCAAGAGCCAGGCUCACAUGAACCACCUGCAGAGCUUCAACGUGGAGGAGCAGAUUCGCGCCAUCCACCAAAAGUUUGCGGCCGACAAGAAGUGAAGGGACCUAGGUGCUACCCUGGAAAGGCUCCAGCUCUUGCUUUGCCAUGCAUGGUCUGUCGGCGUUGAACAGUCGCAACACCCGUCACUAACCAAGUUGACAUCACAAGCUUAUUUACUCACUGUGUGCGCCUGGCCGUGGGCGGCUUGAACUAGAAGGCGCGUGUCCAGGCGCCGCCGCGAGCGCAAGUCGGCAGAUGAAGACAGGUGAGGUGGACAAGCUCAUUGCCGAUUUGAUGCAGCAACUCAUCCUUUGCAGCGCUCUUCCCACUGCGAUGUCAGAUUGUUCUUUUGCGAUGCGCCGCGGUCUUUGCUGCCGACAUGUCCGUCUCGUUGAUCGGGAAAAGAUGGGAGGCAGGAGCUAGCAAGACAUUAUUGCGUUGGAGCUGGUCGUGGCAUGGGCAAGGGUGCCUUGCGGGCGGAUGACGUUGGGUGUGAUGAGCAUGACGUGCGGCUGCCGGUUACGAUAUCCCAACCAUGUACAUGUACGAAUAGAUACAAGCCACCUAGUUUAGUAGUUUAGCCAGAUGAUGGCGGACUGGCUACGCAUGAACCGAACCAACGAAUACAAUGCGCCUGGGUAUCGUGCGAC